AUGUCGUCGCAGACCAUGACUGCGCCAGCCGUGGGCCAUCGACCGCCUGAUCCAGGCCCCGAUAGCCCUAUGUACGACUAUGGCUGCUCACCAAAGGCCACACCCCUUCCAAUCCUCGAGACGACUCCGCAAUCCGCGCCAUGCAGAAUAAUUCUGCCCCAUGGGAUGCACGCCCCGGACGUCGCAAUCAAGACCGAACGCUCAGACAGUCGUGACUUUUCAGCGCAAAACCAACAAGAUGCAAAUACUCAAAAUGCUGCAAGCGCACUCCUAGCUCAACUGCUAGGAAAUCAACCUGCGCCGAACUCUACCCCUACCACGAUACAACCUUCACAACAGGGCGAGAACCAGGAUAUGCACAUGGACACCAAAAUGGACGAAUCACUUUCCCGGCCUUUCGACAUGGCCGCUCAGAACCCCACGCCCAUCGACCCAAGCUUACAGCAAGGUCCGGCCUCAAUAUCUCGCGAGAUUCAGGACUUGCUGAACGGGAAGGCGCUAGGUGACGAGCUCAUGGGUGCGAACUCCGCCCAGGAUAUGAGCAACACGGGAUUUAAUUCGGCCGAUGCCAUGGGAAGCUUGUCCGAUCCCGUGAAUCCGAAAUUGAAUACGGACCAGCCCUCUCUCCUCCCGGCCUUGGAUUUUUCUUCCGCCCCGAAAAAUGCGUUGGAAGCGCUCCAGCAAAACGAGCUACUCACAGCUGCCUUUCUUUCACAAAAUGCCGACCUGUCAGCGUUUGGCUACCCCGAUGGGGCGGCGUCAAUUGCUGGAUCGGAACCCAAGAUCCAAGCAUUCGCCAAGUUGGAGUUUGAUGAUGGUCAUUUUUAUGUUAAUACCUACUCAUUCAUCCUAGGGCGAGACGUGCGCGCUGCCCGCGCCGCCCAUCACCGAGAGUUCCAGUACCGGCAGGCCGUGCGAAGCUCCCGAGCGAAGAGUUCAAGUGGAGGAAAUACAUCCCAUACACCGAAUCGCAUGAAGCGGGAGGAAAGUGCGGCGAUGAUGGGUAGUGUUGUCAGUGAUCGUGGAGGUAUCAUGGGCUUUGAUCCCGAUGUGCCUCCACAUCUUCCGAACAAUCUGAACAUGAGCCGACGAUCAUCGAAAUCUUCCUUUGAUGAUGCCGUCAUGCCCCUGCAUGCAAACCCGGCUCAGCUACAAUCGACCACCGAUUACAAUGCCCUCGCAAUGCAAUCUUUGCAGGAAGGAAAUGGAGACGCAAAGCCUGUUGACGCACUUGCUUUGCUCCCAUCUCCCGACUCUUGUCCCACAAUUCCCAUUCAUCCCCCAACGACGGUCGACGGCAGUGCCGCAGGACAUCGAGGGAUCUCCCGGAGGCAUGUCCGGAUCUCAUACAACUUUGAUCGCAACUUGUUCGAGAUGGAAGUAAUGGGUCGCAACGGAGCUUUCAUCGGAGCUGACUGGCUAUCACCAGGGCAAGUCCGCCCGUUACACAGUGGCGACUAUAUCCAAAUUGGAGGCGUGCGCAUUCGCUUCUUGCUACCAGACGUCCCCAUUGGAGAAACAGGAGCCGACCGGGAAGAGAAGUUAGCGGAGGAGAAGGAGGCCGAAGAGGAGAAAGAAAAAGACGCUCGUCCCUCAAUCGAGGUCGAGGAGGAGAUUGAUGAAUCUGAGAGAAAUGGAAGUGAGAGUGGCGAGAGCAGGGAACCGUCGAAGAAACUCAUUCUCAAGACAAAGGAUCCCAGAUCAUCACAGGCAAUGGAUUCCAUCGAGCCUGGCGAUGAUAGUUCCCAGCCGGCCCGGCGACGCGGACCUGGACGUCCUCCCAAGGAUGGCAUCAUGUCCAAACGGGAGCGAGCUGAGCUUGCCCGGGAGCAGAAGAAUGCCGCCAAGCGCGAGGCCAAUGGAGGGGUCACACCACCGCCUCUCAAGGUGCCCAAAGCUGGGAAGACCGUUGCCAAGGAAUCCGUCGUACCAGAGUCACCGACGAAUAACGCGAACAGACCAGCCGAGAAGCGGAAGUACACCAAGAGGAAGAAACCCGAUGGCACACUCAUGGAUUCCCCUCUCCCCUCGACAGAAGGUGGCCAGAUGUCAGCAGAGGCACCACAAGAAUAUGUCAAACCACCUCCAGUCAAGAAGCGCAAGCCAUCACGGUCGCCUUCACCUAAUUAUCCUCCGGAGAGUGCAUAUUCGCCUGAGGAUCUGGCGAAGCCCCCGUACAACUACGCCGUUCUCAUCUUCGAUGCUCUGACCGAAGCUGAAACGCCAAUGACACUGAAGCAGAUCUACCGUGCGCUGAAACUGAAGUAUCCGUACUUCCGCUUCAAGUGCGAGACUGAGGGGUGGACGUCUAGUGUACGGCAUAACUUGAAUGGCAACGGUCAUCUGUUCAUGCACGCCGAACGAGACGGCAAGGGAUGGUCCUGGCAGCUUAUUCCUGGUGCGUCGGUUGAGAAGGAAAAGAAACGGCGCCCUUCGCCGCCGCCUCAACCUUCCCACCCUCCUACGCCUGCUCCUCAGCAGUAUAUGCCUCAGAUGUCCCACUCUUAUGCGCCCCCUCAGGGCCCGCCGCCUGUGCCAAACCCACCACAGCAUUUCCAAUUCCCUUCUAUUCCGCCUGCACCUUUCCCGGCCUCUGUUACGGUGGGAGGACCUCCACCACAGUCUAAUAUCUACCAACAACCUCCACCUAAGGCCCAUGUUCCCACACCAACCGCUCCCCCUGCUCCUCCCGUGCAGGCUCCUGCUCCUCCUCCUCCUGCUCCUGCUCCGGCCCAGCCUCCGGUAUCGACACCGGCAGCAGCACCAGCAGCACCAGCACCUGCGCCGGCGCCUACUUCUGCCCCAGUGUCUGCUCCGAUUCCGUCUCCCGCACCAACGCCUGCAGCAACACCUGCAUCAACGCCUGCGCCGGUGGUUGCACCCCCACCUGCAUCCGCACCUGCGCCAGCUCCAACACCGGCGGCAGCACCGGUCCCGGCACCGGCACCAGCACCACCUGUCCCUGCAUCUUUCCCUAUCCCAAGCCAACUCCGCAACAACCUUCCAGCUGCAUUUGCGGCGACCGUCCCAUCAACCUACACUUCACCCUACGCAUCCGCACCUACUCCGCAGGCCAAUCAGCAGCAACAGCUGCAGACCCCGAUGCCUCCCCAUCGGCCACCUCCGCAACAUUCUCCCUACGCACAACAAAAACCACCCUCCUCCCAACCCCCACACACCAACCAGCAGCCACGGCCUUACCCUCCUCCAUCUGGCGGGGUUCAAUUCCAACACCAGAAUCAGCCGCCGGCGCAGUCCCAGCCGCGGCAGCUGUCACAUACCCCCCAGCAACACCAUCCGCUACCCCACCAACACCAGCCGCAGCAUCAGCAACAGCAACAGCACCACCAACCAUCUGGCCUUCCGGCGCAAUCUCACCAUCAACAACAGCAGCAUCCUGUUCAGCAAAGUCCUGCCCCAGGACCACCACCCGAGUCCUCGUUCAAUGACCGAGCAAACAAGGCCAUCGAUGACUUCGAGGCUGUGCUGAUGGAAGACUACGAAGACAAGAACUACAUCCGGGAGGUUCUUCGGAGUGCGCGUGCACGCGUGUUGGGCGAUGCAAAGGAAAGCUCAUUCCCAGGCGGCGAACCAAAGGACGAAGCCGUUAUCAUGGACGUGCUCCGCAACCUAGUCGGCAGUCUGAAGGAAGAGUAA